AUGCGCGCUGUUUGCUUCCUAUAUUUCGGAGUCGCUUGGAUUGCACUAGGUAAUGAGUUCCAAUCGUCAAUAGCAGAUGAAAUUAGCGGCACGGAAAUAUAUACGACCGAAAAUUGGGUGUCUUGUCUCGAUCGUGGAGAACUAACAUGUGAAGUUAAAAGUGGACAACAUGCUUCAUACAACCCAACUACGGGGUCGUGCGAGUCUGGACCUGGAACAGAUUGCUAUGGAAGCGAAAAUUAUUUCGAAAGCUUGGAGAAGUGCAACGAAUUUUGCAAAAAUGCUCCGAAGCCACCUUGCUCGCUCGAAAUGGAUGACGGACCAGGAAGAGCUCUCCACCCACGAUGGUAUUUUGAUACCGAAACGGCUAACUGCACUGCGUUUUACUACGGGGGAAUGUUAGGAAAUAACAACAAUUUUCUAACCAAGGAAGAAUGCCAAGCAAAGUGCAGUGGUUUUUCAUUGCUCAGGAAAUUAAAUUAA